CAGGGUCCGGGGAGACCAGAUAUAGUGAAUGCAGGGUCUGGGGAGAGCAGAUAUACUGAAUGCAGGGUCCGUGGAGACUGGAUAUAGUGAAUGCAGGGUCCGUGGAGACUGGAUAUAGUGAAUGCAGGGUCCGGGAAGACUGGAUAUAGUGAAUGCAGGAUCCGGGAAGACUGGAUAUAGUGAAUACAGGGUCCGGAGAGACCAGAUAUAUAGUGAAUGCAGGGUCCUGGGAGACCAGAUAUAGUGAAUGCAGGGUCCAUGGAGACUGGAUAUAGUGAAUGCAGGGGUCCGGGGGGGAGCGGAAAU